AAAAAACAAAACAAAAGUGAAUUGUUGGAAAAAUUGAGCAGAAAAAAAGACAAAUCUUACACCUUGCAUUUUCGUGAAGGGUAUAUUAACUUUGAUCACAACAUACCACAUAAUGAAAAUAUUGAAGAUCGUCAAAUUAAAGAUAUUUCCGUCAAAUCCACUGAAUUUUUUCAUGAUUUAACUGGAACAAAAUCACCAUAUGAUAAAGAUAUGAAAACAUUAGCUGAAAGGGGAUUAAAAUUAAUAAAGGAACAAGAAAGAGAAGAUAAAUAUAAAGAUCUUAAAUCAAUGGAUAAAAAAUCAAAACAUCAUAAUGAUUAUCAUCAACAUUCAAGUGAUUAUCAUCCACAACAGCAACAACAAUCUCAAUAUUCACCACAGUUGUAUGAACAACAACAACAACAUCAUAAUAUUGGAAAUCAAUAUUAUAAUCAAAAUCCACAUCAAACACAUGAAUAUUAUGAAAUUCCACAAAAUUUCGCACCACAUUUUGAAGCUCUUACACAAGCAAGAGAUUCUGUUAUAAAAAAUAAUCAUCAUAUUCCACAAGUGCAACAUCAACAUCAACAAUAUAAUCAACAAACAUCAUUACCACCAAGUAAUUAUGAUGUUGAUAUACAACAUAAUCAUAAUACAUUUCAAGGAUCGCCCCCAGAUCAUUCAUCUAUUAUUGAACAUUAUAAUGAAAAUGUUCAUAACUUUAACCCAACAACAAAUCCAAAUAAUCAAAUACAUAUACAAAAAUUUCCUGGUUCUCCUCCAGAAUCUUACAAUCAUGAACAAUAUUAUAAUAGUAACGAAAAUCAACAUAAUAAAUCAUCGAAAAAACAUAAAAAUCAUCAUCAUCAUCAUAAUCAUCAUAAAACUAAUCAACAACAUCCAGAUACAGCAACAUUAUUAAAUCAUAAAAUCUUCCAUGAUAAUGAAGAAAAUCUAAGUAUAAGCUCACCAGAUGAUAAUAAUAGUAGUAAUCAACAUUCAUAUCACAAUUCUCAUCAUUCUAUCAGUAAUGGUGGUAAAAAAUCCAAGAAAAAUAAGAAAAAUAAACGACAUCAUAAAAAUAAUCAUCAAAGCAGGGGUGUUGCAACACAACCUUUAGCUAAUACCAAAGAACAAUAUCAUAUGUCAGAUCAUCCGCAUAAAGGACAUUCCUAUCAGGUAAUUGAAUAUCCACAAGAAAAAUCAGAGAAAAAUAAAGAUAAAACCGAUUUGAAAUCGAAUGGAAAAAAUUUCACUAAAUCAAACAGUGGCGUUCCUCUACCAUCUCCCGAAUAUAAAUUUCUUAUUAAUUAUAAGGAUGCCAGUGAUCGUAAUGAUAAAAAUAUUAAUGAUAAAGAAAAAAUUGGAUUAGACGAACCAGAAAACAAAGAAAUUCGAUAUUAUCAAGAUAUUUAUAUAGCAAAAAAGGAACCGAAAUUCAUGGAAAUGGGGCAUAAAAUUGAAAAGCCUGGAUAUUUAGAGGAGCGUUUCGAAGAGAAUGAUCGUAAAAAUAAUCAAUUUAGAGGAAGUGUUAAAUGGAUUAAUCAUAAAGGUGAACAAGGUCUACAAUUAUGGGAUUUAGGUCAUUUUGGCUAA